UGGGGGCUGAGCUGCUCUUUGGGGUAUAUAACUAUAGGAACAGAGCCGAAACCUCAGGACGUGUAUUUAAUCGUCUGUGGCUGAUCGCACUGCAAUGGGACUAGAUGAUACUGCUAGGGAAUGUAAUAUAUGACAGGAGUUUGGGUCGAAGGUAAACCAUAUCUCCUGGGUGAAUGUCUUAUAAUACCCAACAUAAAUUGCUUAAAGAUGCACUCCACAGCCUCAAAACCAUCCAACAGAACGCUAGGUGCACUUCAUGUAAAAAUAUGUCCUGGAAUGAAUCACUAUGCAUUUGAACAUUGGUACUCUCUCAUCAUGAUAACUUGCUGCUGUUAAAUACUCACCAUCUUUAAAAUGGCUGCUUGCAACAGCAGUUUACUGGUGGCUUGUGAGCUGCAAGACUCCAAUACUUCAAGCCUCUCAGUUGUCGGAUUUACAACUAUGCCCAUUCAUCUAAGGAUAUUCUUGGCAGCAGUCAUGAUGGGUAUGGUUGCCAUCAGUUUCUUGGGCAAUGCUAUAGUCUGUCUGAUAGUCUACCAGAAACCAGCCAUGCGGUCUGCCAUCAAUCUGCUUUUGGCAACCCUUGCCUUUUCCGACAUAAUGCUUUCCCUCCUUUGUAUGCCUUUCACCGCUGUUAGCAUUAUUACUGUCGACUGGCAAUUUGGAGUCUAUUUCUGUAAGAUAUCGGCAAUGCUAUACUGGUUCUUUGUCCUGGAAGGAGUUUCGAUACUCUUAAUCAUCAGUGUUGACCGCUUCUUAAUCAUCGUUCAGCGACAAGACAAACUCAACCCAUACCGUGCCAAAAUAAUGAUCACCGUUUCUUGGCUACUCUCGUUUUGCAUCUCUUUCCCAUCAGUGGUGGGCAGGACUGUUGUGGAUGUGCCAACCCGGGCUCCCCAGUGCGUUUUGGGUUAUACAGAGUCCCCUGCAGACAGGGCCUACGCUGUUCUGCUGGUGGUGGCAGUUUUCUUCAUCCCCUUCAGUGUCAUGCUGUACUCCUACCUCUGUAUCCUCAACACGGUGCGCCGCAAUGCAGUGCGAAUUCACAACCACGCAGACAGCUUGUGCUUGAGCCAGGUCAGCAAACAAGGCCUCAUGGGCUUGCAGCGGCCCCAAAAGAUGAAUGUAGACAUGAGUUUCAAAACCAGAGCGUUCACCACCAUUCUGAUCCUUUUCAUCGGUUUCUCCAUCUGCUGGCUGCCCUACACAGUGGUGAGCUUGCUGUCUGUGUUCAGCCAUCGUUUCUACUACAGCCCAUCUUUUUAUGUCGUCAGUACUUGUGUGCUCUGGCUGAGUUACCUGAAGUCUGUCUUUAACCCCAUUAUAUACUGUUGGCGGAUUAAAAAGUUCAGAGAGGCAUGCAUGGAGUUCAUUCCCAAAACUUUCAAGAUCCUCCCCAAAGUGCCUGGAAGGAGCAGAAGGAGAAUACGGCCAAGUACUAUUUAUGUCUGUAGUGAACAUCAGUCUGCCGUUUAAAAAAGAGCCCACAACAAAAGUACCAAUGUAAUGCUUAAUUCCUACCUUUGUGUUUGGACUGCACAAGUCCUACUGCCACUCAUAACAAUUAAAAGCAAGCAGCUCAUAGUAUCUAGUAGUUUAAGUGGACUAGCUCUAUAUAAAUGACUUAUUUUCUGAUAAAAAAUAAAUGAUGGUUGUCAGUGGUGGAUAGUUUUCUGCCUUUUUUGGUGUUCUAGACAUUAUAUAGUGAAAUGCAUUGUUCUGGAGCAAAGUAAUGGUAAAAAAAUAUCCCACAAUAAACAGAAUUUACAAAAGUAAAUCAAAUCUUUGGAAGUUAUGAUACAUUUCAAUAAGAAUAAAAAGAUUUGUAGUUUAUUUGAAAAUAAGUCUUCUUUAAACUGCUUGGAUAUAAAUUAAUCAUCACUGGUGUGCUACUUAACUCAACAAUGCAGACUUGUAAAAAAGGCAUGAAAAAUGACUUUAGUAUGACUACAUUUUCCCUUAUUAGACAUGGAAACAAAUGCAGACAACCCAAGUUUAUGAGUUUGAUUUCAGGGAGACCUUCAUGGGGACCCGGCCCUACUGAGUCUAAGCAUUGUUUUUCAUUUGCUACCUCUACAGACAUACUUUAUGGGUAUUUAUAGAGCAAAACACAAAGAUAAAAUACUGACCUGCAAAAAAUAAACAUAAUAUAUAAUAUAUACACACACACACACCACUGGGUACUGAGUAGUUUUUUUCUAAAGUUCCUUUUCAAUUGUUUAGCCAGGAUCACAAUUACAGAUAAACUUUUUUUAUAACUAAAACCAGAGAUCAUCAGGGAAAGCAUUUACCUGCACAUGAUUUGUACAGCUGUUUAUCCCACCAUGGCCGAUAGAUCUGAAUUGCACACUGGGCACCAGGGCUUCAGUGUUUUACAGAAAUAACACACAGCCUUGUUUUUGUAUCAUCCAUCGAGAACUUUAUAUUAUAUCAUACCAGAACUGGCAGAAGGCACAGGUGUCAUCCAUCAAAUCAACAGUACAAAGGUCACUCUUGAAAUCAGGACUUAAAGGAUGUGUUGCAGUAAGAAUACCUCCGUUAAGAAAGGGGAACAAGAUUAAAAGGCUAAAAUAUGCACAACACCCCAGAAAUUGGACGAUGGAACAAUGGUCAAAGGUGCUUUGGACUAUUGAUGGAUGGACAAUGACACCUGUGCCUUCUGCCAGUUCUGUUGUCAAUUCAACGCUUAUCUUUUUAUUCCUUAAGGAUAUUAUUAUCUUCAAGUAUUGCUCAUCCUUGUUAGACAGCUUUCCAGGUCUUGGGUUUGUCAAUUACAGAUGAUGUUUCUCUGUACUUGUUGAUUAUGCUUCAGAUACCACACCUUGAAAAUCAAUUGAUGCGUGCUAUUUCACACAAUAUUUUUCUUUCCUUAUGCAAGUCAAGGUUGUUAUAAUAGUAGAAAACACUAGCGGAGGCUUUGAGUAAAUUGUUGAGGCUGAUAAUGCAUCAGAGUAGAAAAAUGCAACAUGCCCAAGACUUUUGCACAGCAGUGUGUGUGUGUAUAUAUAUACACAAACAUACAUGGAUGAAGGCUAUAUUUGCUUCCUGAGCCAUUCUAAAAAAAAAAAAGCAUAAUACCACAGUAGUGACAUAAAAAAAGUGAUAAUUCCUCUAGAGGAAAAUAUACUUGAACUUUGACAGCAACACCCACAGUACAGAAAUGUUCAUCAAUGAGCAACAAAAUGAGAAUACGUUAAAAAAAAAAAAAAAAAAGAUGUAAAGCUGGUACAUUCGUAUCUCAGAGAAACAACACGGAUAACGACAUAGAAUGUCUGUACAGCACUGAAACACUACAUUUAAAAAAACAAACUGUACUGCUGAACCCCGUCUUCUUUAAUAUUAGCAUCACAAGGGUAUCCAUGUAUUAUAAAAAAAAAUAAUAGAUGGGCCUCCUUUAGUGAGUCUCGGGUUUCUGUGACAGUUUAUAAAUUAUUCGAUUUAGGCUUGUAUUUCUGCAAGGUUUUCUAUCAUUUUUGGCAGGAGGGAGAGUGCUAUGCGGAUCAGGGAGACUCUCAGAAGUUAUGGGAGACUUGGGUUGUCUGCAAUUCAAUUAGUUGCUUAGUGCCAAACUAUUUUAGUUGGUUUCAGGCUGUUAAAAAAGACCAAAAAGUAUAUUCAAUCUCACAUGAAAGUGUGGUUUAAACCAUUUUUCAUAAUAUUUCAGAUCAAACGUUAAGAUAUCUAAAAGAUAACAAAUAUUAGACCACUAAGCUAAUGUCAAGGAUAAAGGGAGUGCGGUAUUGUUAGGAUUUUAGCUGUAUCAGAUCUUUCGUAAUUAAAAAAAUGCUGUUUUGAAAGGGAAAAUAUAACUGAAAUCUAUUGGUGUUGCUUUUGACCACAUUUACUUGUAGUUAGUACUGUUUUUAAACAAUUUUGUAUAAGUUUAUUUUGCAUUAAUGUGAAUAGUAGGUUAUUAUUUAUAAAUUUCAUUCAAACGCAGUAGGUGUUACCUGGAUUAUUUAUGAAACGUGUUGUAAACCCACUUGUUCACGAUGUGAUAUCUUGUUUUGUUUUCUUUAAGUGUACAUUUCGUAAAUCACUGACCAAAAUGAAAAACUGUACUUUUUUUUUUUAAAUAAAGGCUUUUCUCUUAUUUAUAAGUCUCUGACCAUGACAAAUGCAAUUGUAUUUGUUUAUUUAAAAGAAACUCCUUUAGAGCAUUCAAAAUAACAGGAGAAAAAAAUCUUUCUUGAAUUGAAUUGAAAGGUAGAACAGUCGCAUUGGAAAUAUGGUGAAAGAAAUCAGUUACACCUUUUGUCACUGCAAGUAUCCCCACAAGUCCAGUUCCUUCAACUAAAAAUAUGCUUACAAUUCAAAUCCUGCAAGUCAUGCUUAUUCUCCUGCAGCAAAGAAUGGAAGUCAGCGUGGAGGAGCCUGCUUCAAAUGAUUCUGGAGUUCUAAAAGGAAGGAAGGAAGACAAGAACAUGGAGCACUGUCUACAUAAAGCAAAAGAGUUGAGGUUAAGGUUCAGUGAAGCGAGGUGAUGUAGUAGGUUAAUUACUUUCUGAAGGUCUGGGUUAGUUUACACGUGAAAUGCGUAUUAGGCUCAACAGUAGUCACACAAUUGCCACAGUAUGCAAUUUGGCAUUGUGGAUUUAUUUACUGGAUUUUGCCAAAAUUAAUGUUACACUGAUAAAGGGGGAUUUAUAGUAAAUCUUCUUAACUCAUAGCAGAAGUUUCAGUUUAUUGUAACACAUAAUAUUUGGUUUAUUUUUUUCUUUAAGGAAUGCAUUUCUAUUCACUGCAUUUGCACUGUACUGUCAAUGAAAAAUAGCAAUAAACUACCACAUCCCAUUAGUAUUAUUAUUAUUUAGUAAUUUAGCAGACACAUUUAUCAAACGCGACUUACAGUUACUAGGGGGUGAACUAUAUAUCAACCACUGCUGCUGCAGAGUCACUUACAAUAGGACCUCAGUUUUACGUCUCAUCCGAUGGACAAUACCUUGUCUCCACAAUCAGCCUUGACACAUGGGCUUGCAUGAGUCAGCAGUAUCAGUUUUGAUAUGAAAAUAACUUUGAAUGUAAGUUUUGCAGAUAAUGCUGUAUAACACUGUAGUUCAAUUUUGUAUUCAAUUUUUAUCCAUACUACA